AUGAACCAAAUAGCAGAAUCAUAUCCCAAUCUGAAGUAUCUCAAUUUAGGAGGGUAUGAUGGUGAUAGAUUAAUAACUGAUAAAGUGAUUUGGAAUGUUAUUCAUUCUUGUUUGAGGAUCCAAGAGUUCAUUAUUUAUGAAUGUAAAGUAUUCAAUAUAACCAUUAAGGAAAUUGAAUUAUAUCUUAAAAUAAAAUAUAUUAAUCCAGGUUUUAGCGAUAAAUCAUUAUUUGUAAUAGUAGAAUUAUAUCCUAAUUUGAGAUAUCUUAAUUUGUGGAAUGCUCAAAUAACCGAUAAAGGUUUAUAUGCAAUUGCACGAUCAUGUUAUAAAUUAGAAUAUCUAAAUAUUUCUUACUGCAGAAAUAUUAGCGAUAAAUUUUUGUUUGAAAUCACAGGAAAUUGUCAUAAUUUGCAAGAGUUUUAUUUUGCCGAAGCAUGUCGGAUUACUGAUAAAUCUAUAAGUUGCAUCAUAAACUUAUACCUAAAUUUACAAAAACUUGAUAUUGUAUUUAGUCGUGAAGAUGUUAAAGAUGCUAGUACUUUAAUCAUUAUCAAAAGAUCUCCAAAUUUGAAACAUAUAGAAAUCAGUGGUAAUGAUAUUAAUGAUAAGGUUACUGAAACACUAGUUCAUACUUGUCAUAAAUUGGAAUAUCUCGAUCUAAGUUGCUGUUCUUUCUCAGUGAAUCAUCGAUUUGUAAUGUUAUAUAUUUCUGCCCAAGACUCUAGUAUCUCAAACUCGAAUACUGUAAUAUUACCAGUACAACUAUCAGAGAAAUUGCUCACUCAUGUCUCAAUUUAA